AUGCUAGACAAGUUAAGGAUCCUACAAGUAAAUCUAAACAAGAGCGCACAAGCAACAGAGAGUGCCUUACAAUCUCCUUUAGAUUACUUAGACACAUGCUCUGUAAAUCACCCCUCCUUUACACAAAUCCUUCCUUUGUUACAAGACUAUAGUAUAAGACCACGUGUUUUAGUCUACUCUGCACGCACUAUACAAGCGCAAGUCACUAUAUUAACAGACACUAGUCCUGAUCCUGACUUCCUAGCUAUUACAGUUAAGAGCUCUAGAACAACCUUCUCUAUUUACAAUGUCUACAACCAGCUAGACACACAAGGCAUUACCACAAUAGAGAGAAAGCUCCUUAGCACCUCUAUAUUGCCAUCCGCCAUCCUGCUUGGCGACUUCAAUAUUAACCACCCAUGGUGGGACCCU